AUGCCAAAACACUUUUUACCAAAGGAAGAAAGCCAUCUUGUCAGUCACUGUCUCAAAGGGGUUAUUUGUGAAAACGAUGAUUUAUCUCUCUUAGAAAAUGAAAAAGUGGUUUACUAUAAUAAGUAUAGCGACUCUAAAGUUAGUUUAAUCAGUGGUGGUGGUUCUGGUCAUGAACCUCUGUGGAGUUCAAUGGUUGGUAAAGGAAUGUUAACUGCUGCUGCUCAGGGGGAUGUUUUCGCCAGUCCAAAUGAUAAAAAUAUACAAGCUGCCGAAAAGGCAACUCAUUCAAAUGCCGGGGUUAUUUUCAUCAUUACCAAUUACACUGGUGAUAAUUUAUAUUUUGGUAUGGCUGCUCAAGAUUUAAUCUCUCGUUACGGUGAAGAUAAGGUUCGUUUACUUCGUGUUACCGAUGAUGUUGCCGUUGGUAAGAGUACCGGGGGGUUAGUUGGUCGUAGAACUCUUGCUGGUCAUGCUUUAGUGAUGAAGGUUUUAGGAGCUGCUUCUGAACGUAAUUAUAAUAUAAAUGACAUUUUCCAAUUGGGGGUUGAUAUCAAUAAAAAUAUCGCUUCCAUUAAUGCCGGUUUGGAUCAUGUACACAUUCCUGGUCAUGGUGCUGAUGAAGAUUACGGUCAAUUGGGUCCUUCUCAGAUUGAAAUCGGGUUGGGUAUUCAUAAUGAACCCGGGGUGGUCAAAAUCAAUCAUGUUCCAACUAAUGAAGAAUUGAUCAAUCAAUUACUUCAUUAUAUUUUCAACACUGAAGACCCUGAACGUGGUUGGUUUGAAUACGAUAAAGAUGAUGAAAUUGUCUUGUUAUUCAAUAACUUGGGUGGUUUACCAAUUAUUGAAGAAAAAGCAUUGUUGUAUCAAACCGUUAAACAAUUGGAUUCCACCUAUGGUAUCAUCCCAGCCCGUGCUUACUCUGGUGCUUUUGUCACUUCUCUUAACGCCCCCAUCUUUACCAUCACUCUUUUCAAUGUCACCAAAUCGGUAUCCACCAAAUUUUCUUCUAAACAAAUUUUUGACUUGUUAGAUGAUACCACAACCGCAACUGGUUGGACCAAGAGUCAUAUUCCUCAAAAUGAUUCUUUCAAAAACAGAAUUAUUAGCAAUUUCGAAGGUUAUGCUGAAGAUGAAAAAGCCGAUUUCUCCCAUGAUAUCAAUAUCGAUUCUAACUUAUUAGUUAAGGUUAUUCAAACUGCUGCUGAUAACGUCAUCAAAAAGGAACCGGAAAUUACUGAUUGGGAUACUAAAAUGGGUGAUGGUGAUUGUGGUAAAACUUUAGAAACUGGUUCUUUGGCAAUCUUGCGUGAAUUGAAACAAAAUAGUUUAUCAGAUGGUUCAGUCAUAACCGCUUUACAUUUGGUUUUGAAAGUUAUUAAAGAAGAUAUGGGUGGUACUUUAGGUGCCAUUUUGUUCAUUUUCAUGAAAUCUUUUAUAAACAAAUUAGAAAUAUUAAUCGCUGAUGAAAAUUCAAAAUCAGAAAAUGUUUUCGGUAUCGCUUUACUUCAUGGUAUAACUACCUUGUGUGAGUUUACCAAAGCCAGAAUCGGUCAUAGAACAGUGAUGGAUGUCUUGAUACCAUUCUGUGAAUCUUUUGCUAAAUCAAAUGAUAUCAAUACCGCAGUGGAAGUUGCAAGAAAAGCCGCUGAAGGUACUAGAAAAUUGAAACCAAAGUUGGGUCGUGCUACUUACGUUGGUGGUAUUGAUAACCAAACUGAUUUCCCUCCUGAUCCCGGUGCUUAUGGGGUAUACGAAAUCAUUGAUGCUUUAAAAUUGCUUGCUUAAAUUUUUACCUAAUU